UGGUGCUUUAUCCACCCUGUCCCGCUCUGGGUAAGAGGAAACCCUAAAGUGCUCUGGCUCAACAAGCUUUACCCUUUUCUUUCUGUCUUUUCACUCACACCCAUCAGACGUGUGCACAUUCAGGACGAGAAUGGCAGCAUCAUCUGCACAGAGAACAAACGGGCCCUGCAAAAUGAUGGCUUUUGCUUUGCUUCUUAUCAUCUCAAUCCUAAAUGCAAGAGUCACAGCACAGGACGAGAAAGUUGAUGCAGCAACGGUGCCAACUCUGAAAGCAGGGGCAAACGUACGAGGAGACAUGAUUCCACUGACACCUGAAGCCCCUGAACCAAACAAUCCAGAAGGCCAAAUCUUGGUUUUACCUACAAUGCCAUUUCUAGAGCUGACUGAACAGACUACAGCAGCAACAGCUACAGAAGAGGCAGAAGACAAUGAAGACAGCAGCCCUGCAGCUCCAGAGGAGGUAGCUGACAGGGCAACUCAGUUCACAGUUGAGGUACAUACUGAUGUACCCAAAAAAGAGACCCCAGCACCUAUGCCUGCCAGAGGCGAUGGCCCCAACAACAUACCACAGCCGGUGCCACAGGAUGAUGUCAUCUGUGUCAGCAAAGAGGCGGUCCAGAACAAAAAUGCUGUCAAUCUAAAACUCAAGGCCUCCUCCAACUGUAAAGACACCAAGGUGAAGAUUGAAAGUGUUCUGCAGGAACUGUGUGGUGAAGACUGUAAGCUAGAGAUCUUCCAGGAGGACAACUCGGAUGAAAUCCUUGUAUCUGGAAAGUAUGUUGAAGCUGAUGUUGCAGGCAUGGCUAACAAGUUCAACAACGACAACAUCAAAGAUAAGACUGAUGUGGAGGAGGCUCUUCCUCGCUGGGGGAAGAACUCUAAGUUGGUACUGGUUUCCUUGCUGCUGACUGGCCUGUUGCUGGCUGCACUGCUGGUAGCUGGUUAUUUCCUCAAGACCCACCGCAAGAACUCCAAAGGAGUCAGACUGGCUGAAUCUUUCCAGGUGGAUGAGGAGAACCAGGCCAAUACCCUGGUGUCUGUGGCUCCCCUGCCCCAGGAGCCCCUCGACAAGCCGACUGUCAAUGGCGAGUCUCCACCAGAAAAUGGGACCAACCCCGCCCCCACCACUAACGGACACUCUGCCACCCAGACCCCAGUGGCUGACACGGAGAUGUGAAUCAUGACAACCCUGACCUCCUGUUCUACCCAUCACCCACUGGGACACACUACCUACAAGCCCCUCUGCUGCUUCAGAGACUGUCCACACACUGGGACAAAUUCGACAUGAAUCCACCAAAUACACUCACCCCCCUUCUUCCUCUCCUCAACCUGCACCUCUCGGAACGAUGAUGACAACAACAACGAUGAAGCUCAUGACAAUAAUGACAAUGCCUGUAAUGUGAAAGUUUUGGGAUCACUGGCUUUUGCUUGUGUCACGAGGAGGCUGCAUAUGCUAUGUUUGGGAUUGAGAUUGCUCAGCAGGGCACUGGCUGGGAUUUGUUAGCUGCCCUGACUUCAGUCUAGUUGUAAAAGUCAUUGUAGAAUCGCCAAAUAAUGCCAUAUAUUGUUGAUCCCUGAUGAAGAAGCAGAGAAUUCUCUAGUAUUUGAAUCCACAAUUGUGUAAUGAAACCAAUGAAGCCAGGCAGUUAAAAGGAGAUCCGUUUUUUGUACUGUUGUAAAAAGGACUGACGCUCACUGCUUGAUUGUUUUUUUUUUCUAUAAGAUUCAGGAAAUGUUUGUUUUUGUUGCCUCUCUAUUUGCCUUAAUCUCGUUAAGACCUAUACAGUGUGAGACGAGCAAAAAAGAAGUGAAUGAAAGAGAUUCAUCAAGUUUGAAUUUACUGAAAGUUGGUUAUAUUUUCUCACUGAUUUGUAACAAAAAAACUGCCAUGUUUGCAAAACUUCCUUGUUAUUGUUAACAUUCUUCAUAGAAACCAAAGAGCAGUUGACAUAGAAUUAGCAACAUACAAAAUAGUUAAGAUAGCAAGCAACAAGCAUGUUCUUUGGUUUUACUGAGGAAUGAAAUAAUUCUAACAAGCUAUUCAUAACAUGGAAACGUCAGCUGAAAACUAUUAGUAUUUGCCUCAACGCUUUAGACUGAUAAGCAUAAUGAACAACUAAACCUUGAUAACUACUAACCUUUGGUCAAAGUUGAACUGGGAUAGGCUGAAAAGUACAUUUCUAUUUUGUGGUUGCGUGGUGAUUUUCAUCAUGACAGUGUACAGUUGUUGUUUUUUUAAUCAAAUACAACAUACAGCAGGUUCAGCAUUCCCAAAUCUGCUUUUUUCUCCGUGUUGCUAUAAACCAUUUUUUACACCACAUUUUUUAGCUUUUCUUUUGAACUGGCUGCUUUCAUAAUGUGCGACAUGUGUAAAUAAGCCUGCUUUCUCUCUCUCUCCUAGUAGUACCUGUGCCUGACUCAUAAACUGUGAUUGUUGCCAAUA